CACCAGAUCCAAGAUGGCGGCCAGCAGGAGGCUGAUGAAGGAGCUUGAAGAAAUCCGCAAAUGUGGAAUGAAAAACUUCCGUAACAUCCAGGUUGAUGAAGCUAAUUUAUUGACUUGGCAAGGGCUUAUUGUUCCUGACAACCCUCCAUAUGAUAAGGGGGCCUUCAGAAUCGAAAUCAACUUUCCAGCAGAGUACCCAUUCAAACCACCGAAGAUCACAUUUAAAACAAAGAUCUAUCAUCCGAACAUUGAUGAAAAGGGACAGGUCUGUCUGCCAGUAAUUAGUGCUGAAAACUGGAAGCCAGCAACCAAAACCGACCAAGUAAUCCAGUCCCUCAUAGCACUGGUGAACGACCCCCAGCCCGAGCACCCACUUCGGGCUGACCUAGCUGAAGAAUACUCUAAGGACCGUAAAAAAUUCUGUAAGAACGCUGAAGAGUUUACAAAGAAAUACGGGGAGAAGCGACCUGUGGACUAAACUCUGCCACCACCGAUUCCAGCGAGCGUGAGCGGAGACCCCGAGCAGCGCAUUCAGACACCCCGCAAAGCAGGACUCUGUGGAAAAUUGACACGUGCCGCCGCCUGGCGUUUGCUUGUGGCAGUUACUAACUUUCUACAGUUUUCUUAAUCAAAAGUGGUCUAGGUAACCUGUAAAGAAAGGAUUAAAAAUUUAAGAAGUUCUAGUUCUGCUUUCUUUGUUUUAAAAAUCACUGCUUCAAUCUACUUUAAAAUAAUGGUGUUUCUUUUCUUGUCCAAAUUGAUCCAAAACCUUCAAUUUACACUUAGCCCUUAAGGUUAAAACAAACAAAAAGGUUGCAAGUUACCUUUCUUUCCCCUGCCCUUACAAUUCCUACUUUCUUGCAUUUGGUUUGUUUUUCACUUACUCACUUCUCCCAGACCCAGGGCUAUCUCUUCCGCAAAGGAGGAAAAAAUGCUCCUGGCGAUUCUGGUGGCUUCUCUACUCCCAUGUUGCACUGCCCUGUGUGGGAGUUUGUUCAAAUUCUCCUGGCUCCAAUUUAUAACAUCCUUUUAAAAAAUAUUAAAAACAAGCAAACCACCACUCACCACCCCACCCCCACCCCCACUCCCACCAAAAAAAAAAAAAAAAAAAGCAGCCGUGAAAAGGGAGGCCCAGUUCUUAUGUAAAAAUCUGGCCGGUAUUAACCACAAUAACGUUGAUUAAAUGGGCAAGCCCUGAUGUCUGUGUGCCUGAUUGAACUUCAGCCUGGCCUGGCCUGCUUGGGAUACCCAGGUCUGGGCCAACCCCAGAGGAGGGCCUGCCAACCAGAGGAUGCUGUGCACUUGUGUGAGGAAUUUCUUGCCAGAGAGGCUCCUGAGGCCAAAGGUUGAUGCUCUUCCCUGCAGCCACUGUACAAGAUGUGCUGGUCACUGCAGACAACUCUGAAGCCAGGAUGUCCAUGUGAAAUUCCACGCUCACCUGUUAUUGAGCUCGCUCUCCCAGCUCCCCAGGGCAGCGCAGCCCCACCGCGAACCUCCCUCGGCACAGUUUGGCCCUUUGCGGGGUUGGAAUUGGCGGGACUUGGCUGUAGCCAGCAGCAGUCUGGGGGUGCCGGCGCCCUGCUGGCCCCUUCCUUCGGAACAGCCGGCCAGCCCAGGAGCAAGACGGCCUUCCCUCUCCCUCUGGACUCACAGCCUUUGCAGAGUCAAGCUCCACUUGAAGCUCACUCAGUAAUAUCCUUUACAUGUGUUUUAUAUUGUUUUGACUGCCUUUUUUUGUAGAAAUAAAAAUUGACCUUAGAAUUUA